AGAAAGAACGGUAAAAAUGCAGGCAGGGCGCCGGACAAAGCACCAGGAAAAAAAUGUAUAGUAAACAUUACUGUAUUUAGUGAAUGUCACUUUUAAAAUCUUCAAAUUUCCCGCACAUCCCGACGUCGCAGGGAAUGGAACCCGGAAGACAGAUGCCGGCAUCAGCCGGAGGACAUUGCCGGGGACACUGCAGGGAGGAUAUCGCGGGAGCGCAGGACAAUGUAAGUGAAGAAGAGAUCCAGCAGCAGCGUUGCAGGGUAUUCCUGAGUGUAGCUCGGGGUUACCGCUUGUGG